UCCGGCGCUGUCGGGGCUGACCCAGUUGGGUGUAGUGUCCUGGCCUGGCGGGUGGGUCGGCCCGGGUUCGGGUCGCGCCUCCUGGAGCCGCCCCCGGGACAUCAGUCCUGGAGGAGGCGAGGGUUGCUCCAGUUGUUGAGAAGACUAUGAACAGGUCAGAGAACUUGCUCUGUACUGGUUGCUCAUUAGCAUCUCAAGUUCAUGCUGCUGCUGUUAAUGGAGAUAAGAGUGCUCUUCAGAGGCUCGUAAUAGGAAGCUCUGCUCUUAAAGACAAAGAAGAUCAAUUUGGGAGAACACCACUUAUGUACUGUGUGUUGGCUGACAGACUGGAUUGUGCGGAUGCUCUCCUGAAGGCAGGAGCAGAUGUUAAUAAAACUGACCACAGCCAGAGAACAGCUCUCCAUCUUGCAGCUCAAAAGGGAAAUUAUCGUUUCAUGAAACUCUUACUUACACGCAGAGCAAACUGGAUGCAAAAGGAUCUAGAAGAGAUGACUCCUUUGCAUUUGACCACCCGGCACAGGAGCCCUAAGUGUUUGGCACUCCUGCUGAAGUUUAUGGCACCAGGAGAAGUGGAUACACAGGAUAAAAACAAGCAAACAGCUCUGCACUGGAGUGCCUACUAUAAUAACCCUGAGCACGUGAAGCUGCUUAUCAAGCAUGAUUCCAACAUUGGGAUUCCUGAUGUCGAAGGCAAGAUCCCACUUCACUGGGCAGCCAACCAUAAAGAUCCAAGUGCCGUUCAUACAGUAAGAUGCAUUCUGGAUGCUGCUCCUACAGAGUCUUUACUGAACUGGCAAGACUACGAGGGUCGAACGCCUCUUCACUUUGCAGUUGCUGAUGGGAAUGUGACAGUGGUUGAUGUCUUGACCUCAUACGAAAGCUGCAAUAUAACGUCUUACGAUAACUUAUUUCGAACCCCACUUCACUGGGCAGCUUUACUAGGCCAUGCACAGAUUGUCCAUCUCCUUUUAGAAAGAAAUAAGUCUGGAACUAUCCCAUCUGACAGCCAAGGAGCAACACCCUUGCACUAUGCAGCUCAGAGUAACUUUGCUGAAACAGUUAAAGUAUUUUUAAAACAUCCUUCAGUGAAAGAUGAUUCAGAUCUGGAAGGAAGAACAUCCUUUAUGUGGGCAGCUGGGAAAGGCAGUGAUGAUGUCCUUAGGACUAUGCUGAGUUUAAAAUCUGACAUUGACAUUAACAUGGCAGACAAAUACGGAGGUACAGCUUUACAUGCUGCUGCUCUUUCUGGCCAUGUCAGCACAGUGAAAUUAUUAUUGGAAAAUAAUGCUCAAGUAGAUGCUACUGAUGUCAUGAAACAUACUCCACUUUUCCGAGCCUGUGAGAUGGGACACAAAGAUGUGAUUCAGACACUCAUUAAAGGUGGAGCAAGGGUAGAUCUAGUUGACCAAGAUGGACAUUCUCUGCUACAUUGGGCAGCACUGGGAGGAAAUGCUGAUGUUUGUCAGAUACUGAUAGAAAAUAAGAUCAAUCCCAAUGUGCAAGAUUAUGCAGGAAGAACCCCUUUGCAGUGUGCUGCAUAUGGAGGGUAUAUCAACUGCAUGGCAGUGCUCAUGGAAAAUAAUGCAGACCCUAACAUUCAAGACAAAGAGGGAAGAACAGCUUUGCACUGGUCCUGUAACAACGGAUACCUUGAUGCUAUUAAAUUACUACUAGACUUUGCUGCUUUCCCUAAUCAGAUGGAAAACAAUGAAGAGAGGUACACACCCCUUGAUUAUGCUUUGCUUGGUGAGCGCCAUGAGGUUAUCCAGUUCAUGUUGGAGCACGGUGCUCUGUCCAUCGCAGCCAUACAAGACAUUGCUGCCUUCAAAAUCCAAGCUGUCUACAAAGGGUACAAGGUCAGGAAAGCUUUCCGAGACCGGAAAAAUCUCCUCAUGAAGCACGAACAGUUGAGAAAAGAUGCAGCUGCCAAAAAACGGGAGGAAGAAAACAAGCGAAAAGAGGCAGAACAGCAGAAAGGAAGGUGGAACCCAGAUUCCUGCAGACCCCCAGCCCUAACCUGUCUGCCCAGCACCCAGGACAAGCCCAGCAGUCAGAGCUGUGCCCCCAGCAAACAGCCUCCUGCUGGCAACACGACCCAGGGCCCUGAGCCAAGAGACUGCAGAGGGUCUCCAGGAGGGCCUCUAGGCAGGGGCCCCCAGAAGGAGCAGUAUGUUUCCUCAGACUUGCAGGGAACAAACUCCAGAAAGCCAAAUGAAACAUCCAGCGAACAUUCUAAAGGCCAAUCUGCCUGUGUCCACUUCAGACCCAGUGAGUGCAGUGAUGGAAACAGGCAUCCAGGAGUCCCCUCUGUUGGGAAGUGCAGAGGUGAGACUGCUGGUGAUCAGCGGUGUGAAAAGGGGAAAGGCUUCUUGAAGCAGCCCCCCUGCAUUAGGGGGGCCAGGCCUGAGGAGAAAGGAGAGGACCCCCAUCGGGCAGCCACAAGCCUCCCACAGCAGGACGGCCACCGAAAGCCCAGGAGGUGCCGUGACACAGCACCCGCAGCCAAGUGUGCCCCCCAGAAAAGGCGCAUUCCAGAGCUCAAAGGAGGAAGGUGCUCCCCGGCUGGUUCCAGCCGGCCCAGCAGUGCCAAGGGGGAGGUGGUCCAUGCUGGGCAGAAUCCUCUCCACCAUCGCACACCAAGAAGCAAAGUGACACAGGCCAAGCUCACAGGAGGGGUCUGUUCAGAUGUGCCACAGAGCACAGAGGAGUUGAGGUCAGGAGCCAGGACCAUGGGGACAUCUAUCCUGUAUAAGGACAUUCAGGUGUCUCAGGAAACUGAUCCAGCACCUGGUCCCCUCUCUGGGCAGAAUGUGAACAUCGACCUUCUCCCCGUAGAGCUCCGACUGCAGAUAAUUCAGAGAGAAAGAAGUAGGAAAGAGCUGUUUCGCAAAAAGAACAAGGCAGCAUCAGUCAUCCAGCGUGCCUGGCGAAGCUACCAGCUCAGGAAGCACCUGUCCUACCUUCUGCAUAUGAAGCGGCUUGGAGCUGGCAACGUGGACAGAUGGAACCGGGAAUGUACAGCAUUGCUCCUCCAGGUUUGGAGGAAGGAACUGGAACUAAAGGUCCCAAAGACCAUCGCAGUAAGCAGGGCCCCCAAGAGUCCAUCCAAGGGCACCUCAGGCACAAAGUCCACCAAGCACUCGGUGCUCAAGCAAAUCUAUGGUUGUUCUCAAGAAGGGAAAGUACAUCAUCCCCCAAGAUCUGCAAAAGCCCCCCCUGUGCUGCGUCUCAAUUCAGGUGUGUCUUCGUCCAUUUUCUGCUGGUAUAACAGAAUAUCACAGACUGGAUAAUUUAUAAUGAACAAUUCCAUUUGGCUCACAGUUCUGGAGACUGGGAAGUCCAAGAGCAUGGCGCCAGGAUCUGGUAAGGACCAUCCAUGGUGGAAGGCAAGAGAGGGCAUGGGACAGAGAGAGAAAAAGGGCUAAACUUACCCUUUUUAUCAGGAACUCACUCCCAACAUGUGGCAUUAAUCCAUCCAUGAGGACAGAGACCUCAUUACUUAAUCACCUCGUAAAAGCCCCAUGUCUCAACACUGUUGCAUUAGGGAUCAGUUCUUCUGGAACAUACUGUACUGGCUGAGAGUAUGAGCACUGGAGGUAAAUGGUCUGAGUGGGAAUCUCUGUUCUGCCACCUUUUGGCAUUGUGACCUUUGACAUUUUACUUAAUCUCUCUAGAUAUCAGGUGUCUCCUCUGUAAAUAAACACUAUUGGCAAAACCAAAUUUCUGAGACACAAAGAGAACAUUCAUUUUAAAUAUUAGAUAUUAAUACCUCUUUCAUUUUACCUAUAAUUACCAUUGUACUUCCAAAUAGCUUCUAACAAAUUUACAU